GGUCCAUUGGUAUGAAGUUUUAUGCCAAAUAUCCCAUUUCUCUAGUCUCUCCCUCUCAAACUAUCAAGCAAACAGCUUUUCGAUACCAUCGACUCCCCACACAAACACAACUCCACUUCAUUCACCAAACCACACACACCAAGAUGCGUCUUCCAUACGCUGACCCUUCUUCCCCCACUUUCUCCUCUCCCUCUGACCGCGCAAUCAUCGAACGUGUUGAAGCGCGUCGCGCACCACGGCCUCUUCAGCCUCUAGAUUUGACGUUACUGCACAGUCCCCCUGUAGCCGAUGGCUGGAACUCAUUUCUUGGAGCCGUCAGGACAAAAACGGGGUUGGCGGAUGAUAUUAGGGAGAUAGCGAUUUGUAGGGUGGCUAUCUGUAACACGGCCUGGUAUGAGUGGGGACAUCAUGCGCCGUUGGCGAAGCAAGGAGGAGUUAGUGACGAGGGCAUGGAGACUCUUAAGAGGGAAAAGUGUGAGAGAGGGGCGAAUUUUGAUGCAAAUGGGAAUUCAGAGGGGUUGAGCGGAAAACAGUGGGCUGUGAUUAGGUAUUCGGAUGAGAUGACUAGGAAUGUCAGGGUGCCGGAUGAGGUUUUUGAAGAGUUGAAAAAGUGGUUUGAUCAGAAAGAAAUUGUGGAGUUGACGGCUACGGUCGCGGCAUACAAUUGUGUUAGCAGAUUUCUGGUAGCUUUAGAUGUUGGCGAAAGAAACAAGCUAGCCGGCCCCGAUGAUGUAGCUCAUUAAACUCGUCUGUCAGUUGGAGAAUUGAAAUACCGACAUAAAUCCACAAAUGUAUUUUAAGAUUCCGAGAUUCGUAUAUCUGGUCACAAUUUUCUCCCCGAUGCA